AUGGUGUAUGCGGAGAUUGCGGAGUACAAGCCGCUUUCGCGCGACCUGCGCGGGACAUGGAGCAGCGGGUCUCAACAAGUUUUGACUGGUGCGGACAGGAAUGACAAUGUGCGUUUUCAUUCAAGCAGCAAAGCUAACAACCAGAUGUUUUAUAAUCCGUACAGAAAGCAGUUUACUGUACCUAGAUCUGCCGGUAUUUCGUACAGCUUUCUUCCGUCCAACGGCAGUGAUAAUGAGGGAUUCUUUGAAGAAGCGCGUUUCCAAUACCAAUCGGACAGCCAAAAUCCUCACUGUUUUUCUGCGCAACUGAUUUGGUUGCAUGGCAGGUACAAGUACGGACGCAACAAUCUGGCUACUGAUAUGACGCUUUCCGCGUAUCCCGGCGACAGUAUGAUUCAAACCAUCACCAAUCCCGAAUGCACCGGUGGAAAAAGUGUGGAGACUGAUGUGUACACGUUGGAUAAAAAUCAGGAAUACAUUAAGAAUUUUACAACCUUUAUCGAAAAUGACGCGCCUUACCCACAACCAGGAAGUAACACAAAGGCAAUGUGGGGACUGCAAAUGUACCAAUUUGACGGCGCACCGCUGGCCAAGAUGUAUUUAAAGUACGAUCCUCCUCAAAUGCUUCCUACCGAACAAAUGUUUGUGCAAGUGAUCGGCGUGAACUAA